UGAAGAAAGUUGAUCUCUGGAAGAGCAACAAAAUUCAUUGGGUUCCUUCCCAUAAGUUCAUAUUUUUUGAAUUGAUUCAAAUUAGUAAGCAUGAAAGCUCCACCAAAUGGAAUUUUGGCAAAUCCUGCGGAAGGAGAUAGGAAGAGUAUCAAUUCAGAAUUAUGGCAUGCAUGUGCUGGACCACUUGUUUUUUUGCCACCAAUUGGAAGCGUGGUGGUCUACUUUCCUCAAGGCCACAGUGAGCAAGUUGCAGCAUCAAUGCAGAAGGAGACUGAUUUCAUACCGAGUUACCCUCACCUUCCUUCCAAGUUGAUUUGCAUGCUCCAUAACCUUACACUGCAUGCUGAUCCAGAAACUGAUGAGGUCUCUGCCCAGAUGACUCUUCAACCUCUAAACAAAGUAGGAAGAAUCUUUAUUGUACUUCUGUACAGUAUGACAAGGAAGCAAUACUGGCAUCUGAUAUGGGCCUCAAGCAAAGCAGACAACCUGCUGAGUUCUUUUGUAGCUCUUACAGCUAGUGACACUAGCACUCAUAGCGGAUUUUCUGUCCCUCGUCGAGCAGCUGAGAAUCUUCCCUCCUCUGAUUUUUCAAUGCAACCACCUUGUCAAGAGAUAGCAACAAGAGAUUUACAUGAAAAUGCAUGGACUUUUAGACAUAUUUAUCGAGGUCAACUUAAGAGGCACAUUCUGACUACCGGUUGGAGUGUCUUUGUUAGCACAAAAAGACUCUUUGCUGGUGAUUCAGUUCUUUUCAUAAGAGAUGAGAAGUCACAGCUUCUUUUGGGUAUAAGGCGAACUAACAGACAGCAGCCGACUCUCUUGUCAUCAGUAAUUUCUGGUGAUAGCAUGCAUAUAGGGAUCCUAGCCGCUGCAGCAAAUAACAGCCUAUUUACCAAAUUCUACAACCCGAGAGCAAGCCCUUCUGAGUUUGUGAUCCCCUUAGCGAAAUAUAGCAAAGCUAUGUAUACCCAAGUUUCUCUUGGCAUGCGGCUUAGAAUGAUGUGCGAUGGAAAAACUCACAGUGGCGUAUCUACAGGUAUUCUUUUGACAUGUGCCUGGUAUACUUCCAGCGGAAAUGCAUUAACAUGUGCCAAUGGUAUACUCGUAGAAUUUUUCCUGCUGGACCGUACAUACAUUUUUAAAGUUGGAUGGGAUGAAUCUACAGUUACUGAAUGGCCAAGGCGAGUUUCACUUUGGGAAAUUGAGCCUGUUGUAUCUCUUUUCUUCAUAUGUCCACCUCCAUUUUUCAGGCCCAGGUUUCAAAAGCAACCAGGGAUGCUAGAUGAUGGUUCUGAUGUUGAGAGUGCUUUCAAGAGAGCUAUGCCUUGGCUUGGAGAUGAGUUUGGUAUGAAAGAUCCCCCUAGUUUAAUCUUCCCUGGUGUGAGUUUAGUUCAGUGGAUGAGCAUGCAACAAAAUAAUCAGUUUCCAACUGCUCAAUCAGGAUUCUUUCCAUUCAUGGCUUCUUCGAAUCCGCUGCAAAACAUUCUAAGCAUUGAUGAUCCUUCCAAAUUAUUGAAUUUUCAAGCUCCUGUACUACCUGAAUUGAAUACGCAAUUUAAUAAAGCAAAUCCAAACCAGGUCAACCAGUUGCCUCAGGUACCUGUGGCUUGGCCCCAGCAGAUAUUGCAGACUCCUUCAAGUCAAUAG